GACGUGGCACCGACGAGGAGCUGCUUCCUCUCCGCCGACUCUCCGGGUUCUUCAGCGGCACCGACGGGCAGCUUCUCCCGGAACAACCGGCUCGUGAUCUCUGCCAUCUGGUUUUCAACCUUCCCGCAGCAUAACCGGGAUAUCUUUGGGCUAUAAAAUGGGCUUGACUAUCUCCUCCUUGUUUACGAGGUUGUUCGGGAAGAAGCAGAUGAGGAUACUGAUGGUCGGUUUGGACGCUGCCGGUAAAACAACAAUCUUAUACAAACUGAAGCUCGGAGAGAUCGUCACCACCAUCCCGACUAUCGGGUUCAACGUGGAGACCGUUGAGUACAGAAACAUCUGUUUCACAGUUUGGGACGUUGGUGGUCAGGACAAGAUCCGUCCUCUGUGGAGACACUAUUUCCAGAACACACAGGGUCUGAUCUUUGUGGUCGACAGUAACGACAGAGAGCGAGUGGCAGAAUCCGCUGAGGAGCUCUCCAAGAUGAUCCAGGAGGAUGAGCUGAAGGAGGCAGUUCUUCUGGUUUUUGCCAACAAACAGGAUCUUCCAAAUGCGAUGGGAGUCAGUGAACUCACCGACAAACUGGGUCUGCACAGCCUCCGAAGCAGAACUUGGCAUGUGGAGGCCACCUGUGCCACUCAGGGUACUGGUCUGUACGAGGGUCUGGACUGGCUGUCCAAUGAGCUAUCGAAGCGUUAGACCAGCUGACCGGAAGCAGCAGACUGAUGUCAUCGACUGAUUCCUGUGUACAAAGCGCUGAAGGGCAGAAGGAGCGUUUACCUGAACUGUUUUGUUUUUUUUAGUAUAUCUGUAGGAAGUAGUGAUGGACUCUCAGCUCAUCCUCUUCUUCUGUUCUCCCUGUUAACGCUGUUUUUUCUUGUCUUCUUUUAAUCCGCAUGUUUUACAAUCAUGUGAUAGGAAGUGAUGAAAAGGCGGGGUGGGGCUUAUCACAGCUCAGGGUUAGGGCUUUGACAGGGGAGAAUACCUGGAGGCGGGGCUUGGGACGGGUGACUGUAUGGGGGCGGUACUUUAGAGAAUACCUGUGGGAGAAAACCUGUGGGCGGGGCUAACGGUGACAGUUGUGUGACUCGUUCUUCUGACCCGAACCUGAACGCCUCGUCAUUCCUUGACAAUGUGAAGAAGCAGCAAGACAACAGUGAUGCAAUAAAUGGAUUUCUUUUUAUAAAAACUGAAGGUACAAAAAUUAAAAUAUUUAUUAAAUGUUUUUUUUUAUCUUGAACUGAUAGUUUGAUUUCCUGUUGAGGCUGAAAAUGAAUGAUGAAUAUUCGCUUUAAUGUUUUG